CCGCUGCCGCUGGUUGGCUACAUUGUAUCAGUUCCCACACGAAGAACCACCACGGCACUCAUCCACGAACGGCGAAUACGGAGGAAUUAACCUGGAUGGUAAACCGUUCUCUGUGGGAUUAAUCGACAAAGAAGGUCGCGUAGGGGGAGACUGGACUUGUAUCGGGCUUGAGACGGGACCGGUAAAAUAAAAAAAAAACGGGGGAAAAAAUGCCCUCCGGACUCGGGUUGUUUUCGAUGAGGACGGUAUCUCCAAGUGUGAUGGCAGAAGUCCAGUGAAUCGCUGGCCUCCCCUCCUCGCUCGUGUUGGAUGUCUCGGGGAGUGCGCUGCCACUGGUUUCUGCCGCUUCAGAUUUCUCUAGAGGUUUUUAUUCAAAUCCACACUCUGAUUUGAUCCUUUUUUUUAAUGGAGUGAACGCCACCAUGGACAGACCAGGGUUUGGAAUAGGAGUGGCUAGCUAAGUCGAGCAAAAUGUGGUCAAAUGGAACCGGAACGAGUAGACCGUGAGGAUCCUCUAACCCCAGCCCCCGAGUCCCAACCGUCUGAGAGGGCGUCGGACCUCACUGAGGCAAUCCUGGGCCGUUGGCACUAAAAUGUCCCUAAGUGGUGGCACUGCAGGCGGGAAAGGUGUGGACUCGAAUGCGGUGGACACUUACGACAGCGGGGAUGAGUGGGAUAUCGGUGUUGGAAAUCUGAUCAUUGACCUCGACGCGGACUUGGAGAAGGACAAGCUUGAGAUGUCUGGCACCAAAGACAACAUGGCAGCACCGCCCAGCGCAGUGGCAGCGUUGCCCGACAACAUCAGGUUCGUUAGUCCGGUGUCCGGAGCGCAAGGCAAGGAGAGCAAAUCCAAAUACAAGCGCAGCAAGAACUCUAAAGACAAUGGGAGCAAGGCUUCGGCCGGGGAGGGGGGAAAGAAGGAAACUGCUGCUCGGACUCAAGGCGAGCCGACGGGCGCGGCGGCUGCGGCGAUGGCAGCGGCGGCGGCGGCGGCAGCAGCAGCAGCAGCAGCCGGGAACAACUCCAUCCCCGGGAAAAACGUGGAGAAGGGGGGCAAGGCCUCCAGAGGCGUGUCAAGCAGUAAAAAGGAGAAAGAAGGGGCUGGCGGUAAAAGCAAGAAGGACAAAGCGGACGGGGGCCAGGUGGUGGCGAUGGCCGCCGGCGAGAAGGACGUUGUGUCUCAAGCCCAAGGGGCCCUGGGGAAUAGCCGCAGUGCUUCUUCCUUUGAGAACGCGCAGGCCGCCGACUUGGCGGACACCAAUCAAAUGGGGAAUAUUGCACUUGAACCUGUGGGGAUAGUAGCGGCAUUGACAGCAAAAACUGAACCAGAGGAGGUGGAGAAUGGUAAUAGCGAAUGCAAGACGCUAAAGAAGGUGAAAAAUGAAAAGAUGGAAUCUCCUGUUUCCACGCCAGCCCUCCCCACCCUCCACCUCCUGGCCGCAGUGGGCAACAGCGAGAUCUCCUCGCCGUGUGAGCAGAUAAUGGUGCGCACGCGCUCCGUGGCCGUGAACACGUCGGACGUGGCCCUGGCCACCGAGCCCGAGUGCUUGGGGCCCUGCGAGCCCGGCACCAGUGUCAAUCUGGAGGGCAUCGUGUGGCAGGAAACCGAAGACGGCAUGCUGGUGGUCAACGUCACCUGGAGAAACAAGACGUAUGUGGGAACCCUACUGGACUGCACUCGGCAUGACUGGGCGCCCCCCAGAUUUUGUGAAUCCCCGACAAGCGAUCUUGAAAUGAGGAACGGCCGCGGCAGAGGCAAGCGGAUGAGACCAAACAGCAACGCCCCCAUCAAUGAAAACAGCAACUCAUCGGACAACAAGGGCACCGCCAACAACAAGACGCGAGCCGCCUCCAACAGCAAGGGCCGGAGGGGCAGCCAGACGCCGUCGGAGCGCCGCACGCCGCCCAACAGCAACACGGAGGACAUCAAGGCCAGUCCCUCCUCCGCUGGCAAACGCAAGGCCAAACCUGCCUCGGACAUGGAGCCCAAUUCCAGCUCGGAGGACACCAAAGGCAACAAGCGAAUGCGGACGAACUCCAACAGUGGCCUGGGGCCGACGGGUCUCCCUCUUCCCUCCAUCAAGACCGAGCCCCUCCCGCCCCCCCUCGACCGCAGCUGCCCCUCUCCGGUUCUCAUCGACUGCCCGCACCCCAACUGCAACAAGAAGUACAAGCACAUCAACGGCCUCAAGUACCACCAAGCCCGCGCCCACAACGACGACGACAUCAAGUUGGAGGUAGACGGGGACAGCGAGUACGGCGAGGACUCGACUCUCCACCCGGAGCCAGGGAACUGCAACGGAGCGUCCAUCUCUCAGAAAGGAUGCCCGUCUCCCGCGCGUUCGGUCACUCCGAAAGGGAGGAGCUUUGACGCUCAGAGUCCCUCGCCAUCUCCUGGCAAGUUUGGGUCGAAGCAGAGUAAAAAGAAGCUGGCCGAGACCGAUCCAGAAUUGGGAGGCACGCCGACGGACGGGUGUGAGGACGGGCCGUGCCUCACCGAUGAGGCCAGUAACGACGGGAUAGAUGAUAAGAGGGGGUCGGACAAGUCGAAAAAGGCCGCCGCGAAGGCCGAUAAAAUGGCUCAGAAAAACAUGAAGUCGCCACGGCCGGCUGUCCCUGGCUCGACGUCGUCCCAGCAGAUGUACCCUUUUCCUCCAGGGAACCCCAGUUCUUCCCCGGGCAUUACCCCAAUAAUACAAGGGAUUCCCAAGAGUCCCCAAAUGAAGGGUGCGCAGCCUAAACCCUCUGCCAUUGGAGAGCCUCCCUCAAGUAGCUCCAAAGACAAGAAGAAGAAGGACAAGAAGAAAAAGGAUGGCGCGAAGGAGGCCGACAGCCCCAAGCCGCCGGGAAAGGGAGGGAAACUGGAGGAAGGGAAGCUCCCGUACCCCGAAACGUCCGAUCCAGGAAACAAGGGAGAAGGGCUCCUCAAUGGUUCCUCGGAUCUACACCAGAGUCGCCUGGCCAGUAUCAAGGCUGAGGCUGACAAAAUAUACAGCUUCUCCGACAAUGCCCCAAGCCCUUCCAUUGGUGUAGCCAGUCGGAUAGACGGCAGCGGGAUGCCGCAGCCUCUCACGCCACUUCACGCAGCGAACCAGAAUGGUGCCGACAACUCGUCGGUGAAAACCAAUAGCCCAGCGUAUUCAGACAUUUCAGAUGCUGGCGAGGAUGGAGAAGGAAAACCUGAUGGUGGCAAAGUCCGGACGGAGGACCAAGCUGUCAGGGAAAGUGUCAAAAAGGCCCUCUUUCCGAACCCGAUACCGAGCAAAGAAUCCCCUUAUUACCCCAGCUAUGACAAUUAUUACUCACCCAAUUACGUAAACCCCAGUCCUGGUGGGCCCAAUCCAGGCACGCCAGGGGCUGAAGGUCAGAUCAAGAUCAAACGGGAAGAGGACCAGGAUCAAGUUGAGGAAAAAGUUAAAGUUGAAGUUCCUGAAGACCGUAAACCUGACAGCAUUGCUCUCGGACUGCAGCUGCAGCAGCAACAACAGCAGCAACAACAACAACAACAACAGCAGCAACAGCAGCAACAACAACAACAACAACAGCAGCAACAGCAACAACAGCAGCAACAGCAGCAACAACAGCAGCAGCAGCAGCAGCAGCAACAACAACAGCAGCAGCAGCAGCAGCAACAACAACAGCAGCAACAGCAUCUACAACAACAGCAGCAUCAACAGCAGCAGCUACAACAACACAUCCAACAGCAACAAAUGCAGCAGCAGCAGCAGCCCUCCGUCAUCCAACAGCGAUCCAACAUGUACAUGCAACCGCUUUACUACAACCAGUACGCGUACGUCCCUCCAUAUGCGUACCAUCCCGAUCAAGCCUACCACAACCACUUGAUAAACACCAACCCGGCCUACCGGCAACAGUGCGAAGAGCGCCAGCGCCAGAUGGCGGAGCAGCAUCGCGCCGAGAAGAAGUCGGACGCAGCUUUAAAGGAGCGAGAAGCCUCCAUGAAGGAGGAGUGGAAACAGAAGAGCCCGAUGCCACCGAGCCUCUCCAAAGCCGGCCAGUCGGACCACGCCAAGGCAUCGCAGCCCUCGAGCAAAUCCAGAGACUCGCCCUCUGAGCCCGCCUCCAAGUCCCUCGGAGGCGUCAAGGGGGACGACCACAAGUCCCAACAGGCCGAGGGGCUGAAGAUGAAGCUGACCGAAGGGGGCCACCAUGGAAAGGACGACUCCAAGCAACCACUGGAGUCCAGAGGUCAGGCAGGGCUGGAGCAGGCCAUGUGGUACAGACAGCAGUACCCCGAGAGCCAGAAGGCCCAAGCAGAAGACGAACACCAGCAGCCACAACCCCGAUGGAAAGACGAAAGGGACAGAGAGCGGGAACGCGAUCGUAAAUUAAAGGACGACCGGCCCAGGCCCAAGGACGGUCAGAGCGGGCAGAAGGAGGACGCCAAGGAGGGCGGCGACCCCAGGAUCUCUUCCGAGGACCACCGGGCCAUGAGCAAAGACUCUCGUUCUAAUCCCCACCUGCAGUUCUCGUCGCCACUUGCACAGCACCAGGGCUACAUGCCCUACAUGCAUGGUUACCCCUAUGGACAAGGCUAUGACCCCAACCACCCUGGAUACAGGGGCAUGCCCUCGGUCAUGAUGCAGAAUUUCCCAGGCUCGUACCUUCCCGGAGGCUACCCGUUCUCCCCAUAUGGCACUAAAAUAGCCGGCGGUGACGAGGGCGGGGACAAAUCUCGCGCUAGCCCCACGGUCACCAAAACGGCGGCGGACUCCAAAGCGCUGGAUAUCCUGCAUCAGCACGCCAGCCAAUACAAGAGCAAAUCCCCCACGGUGGGGGACAAACCCCCCCACGAGAGGGAGAGGGAGCGGGAGCAGGAGCGAGGAGCCGGUGGGGACCGGGAGCGCGAGAGGGAGAGGGAGCGAGACGUGGACCGGCCGCGCUCCUCGCCCUCGCAGCGCAUCAUGCCCUCUCACCACCACCUGAGCUACCCGCUGCUCUCGGGCCAGUACGACCUGUCCUUCGCCACAGGUCUCUCCUCGUCAGCUAUUGUUGCCAGCCAACAAGCGGCAACCCCCUCCCUGUACCCGCCACCGCGGAGGUGAGAACGGGAAACCUGACCGUCACACCUCAACCCUGCAAAGAUUCAUGUGACUGGCUCACAUGAGGCAACAAUCUCCCGGGUGUUACCUUUUAGGCAUCAGUUGAAUGGUGUUUCUAUCUAUAUUUUUUGUUUGUUCUGCCCCGAAGCAGAUUGUCUUUUUUUUUUUUCGUUUUUUUUUUUUUUUGGUCCUUCCCUCGUAAAUGAGCCCAAAUUUUCCCCACCCUCGGACUGACACAGGACUGCUAAUAACCCAGGUUCAAAGCCAUCGCUCUGCCGCAGCAAGCAGAAGGAACACCCACCCGCUGAUUAUCUAGUCUUUGCACUGUCAACAAACACAAUGCAAAAAGAGACUAUUGGACUGCCAAGAACAGCUGUUUUUGUUGUUGUUGUUGUUGUUGUUUUUUUUUUUUUUCUUUGACUGCAUUGUUUGUUUUUUUUUGUUUUUUUUUAAUGUCACGCGCAGAAGGACAUUGGCCGGGGACUUUAAAGUGAGUCGGGUGGCUGACGGGAGAGGGCGGUCAAACUAAAUAAAGGACUGAAAAGAAAAAGCGAAUCAUAUUGAAAUGAUUUCACUUCUGUCUUUGGCUUGUUGUAUGCCGUGAAACAACAGUAUAUCCUUAACUUGACAAAUGUUUGGCUAUAUUUCGGGGGCAGGAGGAGGAGGAGGAGGGGGGGGGGGAAUAUGGAGACAGCUGCU